UUAGGUGCACUCUCCGUAGAUUUUACAGUAAGAAAAAUGUUACUGUAAUACAGUGUUUUUUUACAGCACUUUACUGUAAAUGGAAAAAACAGUAUAGUUUUUUUUUACAGUAAGUGAUUGUCCUGCCAGUUAUUCUAAUAAUUAUUAUUGUUAGAAUAAAAAUGAAAGCUGAAAAGAUUUGCAAUUGCAUGCAGGACAUGUAUUUUUUCUGUCAACAAAUACAUUUAGUGUCAUGUCUUUUGAUCAUGUUUUUGUUUGGCUAUGUGCUGUUUGUUUUUUGGACUCUUUUUUAGUUCCUGGUUGCACUUCCUUGUUGGUUUGUUACCUUGACAACCAUUAGUGUCACCUGUUUCACGUCUUGGACUCACGCACUUGAUUCAUUUGAACUCACGCACCUGUUUUCAAUCACCACAUGACUAUUUAAGCCUGUCAUUUUCUGUUGGUCGGCCUGGCGACAUCACAUUCAUGCUCUGCACGCUUGACACACUCUCUACACACCCUUAUGAUCCAUGCUGCUCUUUUUCAUGCCCUUUUCACGUCCAACGACUAAUAUGAGGAAGCCUUUAAAUGGACCAGACCCUGGAAUCCGACUGCAGGGUCUUUAACCAGAGAAGCAACAUGCAAACCAAUCGGUGAACCAGUGUGGCCUGUUAAACCCCCACCUUCGUAACCAACAGCACCACCAACCCAUCUUUUGGUGGGGGGAGUGUUGUACUCAUACUUCCACCUGAGAAGCAAACAUGAUGGAAUCACUCCUGUCAAGAAGAAGUCAAGACGCCAUGGCUUUAUCCAGCUUUGCUCCUCUUCUCAGACCUCCUCGCAGCUGCAUGAGGCAACACUACCAAGGCGUAAGAAGAAAACUUCGACCUGGGCGAAUUCUGGGUUUUAUCUUAAGCAUGGCAGUGGUCUGCACAGUGUGUUCAUGGAGUGCCUUUUCUCUUGUCACCACCAUGGUGGCCAAAGAACCUGAAUCCGAGGGCUCAGGAGAGGGAGCAGUGCCCCAAAGAACUCUUCUGGAGCAUCUGAACGACUCUGACCUUCUGGCCGGAACAGUGGGGGCCCAUCAGACAUCAGAAGUUGAGAUGAAUCAUGGGGACUAUCCCACAGACUAUUUCAGCGUGGAGGACAGACGUCAGGGCUUUGUAAUAUUUCAUAUGUUUGGCAUGUUGUACAUGUUCAUAUCUUUAGCAAUUGUGUGUGAUGAGUUUUUCGUCCCGGCGCUCACUGUUAUCACCGAGAAACUACAGAUCUCUGACGACGUAGCAGGGGCCACCUUCAUGGCUGCAGGCGGCUCGGCUCCAGAGCUUUUCACCUCUGUCAUAGGAGUUUUCGUCUCCCACAGUAAUGUGGGUAUCGGCACCAUCGUGGGCUCUGCGGUCUUCAACAUCCUGUUUGUGAUCGGGAUGUGCGCCCUGUUCUCUAAAGAGGUGCUGAACCUCACCUGGUGGCCUCUGUUCAGAGACGUCUCCUUCUAUAUUAUUGGCUUGCUUAUGCUGAUCUACUUCUUUCUGGAUAAUCAAAUCACACUGGGGGAAAGUAUAAGCCUGCUCAUGUGCUACACCACCUACGUGACCUUUAUGAAGUUCAACGCCAAAGUAGAACUUUUCAUCAAGAGACUGCUGGGCAGCAACCAGGUGGACAAGAUAGAGACUGCACCCAAGGUCAACACUCCUACCGAGGAUGACAACAAACUGAUGGCCAAACCGAGGUUACAGAGGGAAGGCAGCUGUGCUUCGCUACACAACUCACUGAUGAGGAACAGCAUCUUUCAGCUGAUGAUACACACAUUGGACCCUCUAAGCGAUGAAGGACGAUUCAAAGAGAAGGCGUCCAUUCUUCACAAAAUGGCCAAACAGAAGUGUAAAGAGGAGGCUGCUAGUGCCAACGGUGUAGCCGGAGCUAAUAAAAAAAUUCCCAACAGCACAAAGGUCGCAGUAGAAGUCACACCGCCCAUGAAUGGAGUUGCAGGAGGCGAGUGUGGUGAGGAGGAGGAGGAAGAUGAAGACCAGCCUCUGAGCCUGGCCUGGCCCGACACCACCAGGAAGCGUCUCACGUACCUCAUCAUCCUACCAAUUGUCUUUCCUCUCUGGCUCACACUGCCUGACGUCAGAAGAGAGUCUUCAGAAAGGUUCUUUCCCGUCACCUUCCUUGGUGCCAUCAGUUGGAUUGCUUUCUUCUCCUACUUGAUGGUGUGGUGGGCUCAUCAGGUCGGAGAGACUUUCUGGAUUACAGAGGAGAUCAUGGGUCUGACUAUUUUAGCAGCCGGUACCUCCAUCCCUGAUCUCAUCACCAGCGUGAUCGUAGCCCGUAAAGGCCUGGGCGACAUGGCUGUGUCCAGCUCAGUGGGCUCCAACAUCUUUGACAUCACAGUUGGUCUGCCCUUCCCAUGGCUCGUCUACAACAUCAUCAACGACUUCAAGCCAGUGCAAGUCAGCAGCAACGGACUCUUCUGCGCCAUCGUCCUCCUCUUCAUCAUGCUCCUCUUCGUCAUCAUCUCCAUCGGAGCCUGCAAGUGGAGGAUGAGCAAGCUGCUGGGCUUACUCAUGUUCCUGCUCUACUUUGUGUUCCUCAUCGUCAGCGUCAUGCUGGAGGACAAAAUCAUCAUCUGCCCUAUCACCGUCUGAGAGACAAGCCCUGGAAAUGUCUGACAUCACGCACACACACACAAGCACAUACACGUCUACAUACACACAUUGUCAACAAGACCACAUGCAUCAUGGCCUUCCAGUGGCCUGUUUUGUGGCACGGAAGCCAAGUUGUACUCUCUAUCAACCCAGUGACUACAUUUAUUGGGUCGAAACCUACUUAAAGAGACGGUUGGACCAUGUACCAGAACUGGGAUGGAGAGAGCAACACAUGGGCGCAGUCAUGAAUGUUAUUUGAUGCUCAGACUCAAACAGACAUUUGGUUGCAAAACUCUGGGAAUGAUCCUCGGCACUGUGGAAAAAAGAGAGGCAAAGCAACCUGACUGUGUAGGCAUGAAGGCUAGAUGUUAAGAUUCUAAAUAUUCUCAUUUCAAGCAUGUCAUGCUAUUUGUUUAUUUAGAAUAAUUUGCACCAGUACUGUACUGUACAUUCAUUUUAUGAAUAACAUAUAUUUAUUCAGCCCUACUUACACCAUAUACAACCAUACACAGGUAUAUGAUAAAAUAAUUUGUUUUUCAUACAGUAUAGUUAUGGACAACUAUUUGUGUUCUGCAUGCCUUUAAACACGCCAUGCCCCAACUCUAUCGUCCUGUGUUGCUGCUGGCCCUUUAAAUGUUGGAUUUACAGCAUUUGUCUUUCAAUCGGGAGGACUUUUUUUGGUCGGCUUUACUAAUAAGGGCUGUGAAUAUUUUCAUUCAAGUAACGAUUGUGUGUUCUCAGGCCACUGAAGCGAUAGCAACUGGCCUGUUCAGAUUGUAUUCGAAGACAUAUCGCCUACAGGACAGCUUUACCCUGAGUUGUCUGGCUCUCCUAUCUAGUCCGCCCUAUCCUUGAGCAUGAACUGAUGAUUCUCAAUCUUCAGUUCAUGCUCAAAGACUAGUUAGGACUAUCCAACGAGUCAGAUUAGUCUAUCUAGUCUUUGAGCAUGAAGUGAUGAGUAUCAGUUUAUACUCAAAGACUUGAUAGAACAGUCCAACAAGUCAGAGUAGAGCUGUCCUAUCUAGUUUUAAGCAAGAACUGAUGAGCAUGAACUGUUGGGAUGAAAGGCGAAACGUCUUCUAUAAGACAAACAAUCAAUUCAAAAAGUUGUAGGAGUGUUACUCUUAGUAAGUGCAUGAUCUGAAAAAUGAGUAGUGGAAUGCAGUAAGUGGAAAUUAAACAAAAUCCAAAGUUGUUCCAACUGGGAAUCUUUGUCAAUUCACCAGAUAAUCACUUGCAAGGUCAGAGUUCACUGAUGCAGCACCUGACAGAGGACCUGCAUGCGCUCUCUCCAUCUCUGUCCGAGUUCAUCCCAAAAGUUGUUUGACGGAGUUGAGGUCAGGUCUCUCAAGUAUUUCCCGACUAAAUUUAACCACACCUGCCUUUAUGGACCUUGCUUAACUGAAUUGUUAUGAUUCUGAAGGAACUAAUUGGUCUAGAUGAAGUCUCGGCAACCCGCAACAUCCUUGUUGAGUCUCUAUUCUACGAUGUAUUUUUUAACACUGGAAUCGGGGGUAGGUGGGUCGACUCUGUGUGAGGCUGUGAGUGAGUGUGUCAUGACUGGUUAUUGGAUGAGCACAAUGAAGGCAAGGACUGUGUGUGCCAUAAGAGAGACGUCAGCUUAUUGAGGGUGCCCCGCCCCCCCAUUCCCCCCGUAAGCUAUCCAGAAAUACUGUGCAUCCCAGAAAAGAAAAAUCUUGGAAAAUAAUAGUUUAAUUCUGCAUCAACAUAUUAUUUUGCCUAUAAAAUAAAACAAAAACAUUACAACUUUUAAAAAGUUUUUAAGCUGUGUUAUGUUUUGAGGCUACGGACUAUUUUUCUUUAGUGGAAAAAGGGGGUUAAAUGGCUCUUUUGUUAUUAGGGUUGCCAGACCCUAGUCUAGACCAACCCACAAUGAAUUAAAGCGAUCAUAAAUUAAUGUUGUGUUUGUACAACGUCUGCUGUGUGCUAAACCUCAUUGACAUCAUCAGGAUUCUGUUGUCAUCAUCUAAUCAGAAGAGGUUGCCAGGUGCAAUACGUCACCAAUACAAUCACUUUUUCAUUUACAUCCAAAUGUUGUGUAUUUUCUGUAAAAGUGAUGCAGAAUUCUAAGGUUUGUUGUUUUUCCUAAAAGUAUUUACAAUUGUAUUUGGGAGCACAGCGUAUUCAGAGUGUCAAAUGCAUCUAGAGGUAUGGAGGAAAGAACAAUGGGCUGUUUCAAAUAUUACAUACAUUUUUAGAAAGGCUAUUUUUAUGUCAGACAUAGAGUAUGACAUACUUGACUGAAUUUAUUGAAUCCACUAAAUGUCCAUUAAAGGGACAAUACAUAUUG